ACUUAGAUGUGAAUCAAAGAAAAAUGACCUGCUGGCUGCUGUGUUGUUGUAUCGAAACCACCACUUUUUUCAACAUUUUAUAUAAGAUAAAGUCAUGGUGACCAUUCACAAUAGAAGAAAAUAUCUCUUUCUCUUUCUCUUGUUUAAGAGUAGCACCUUCAAAGCUUCCAAGUGCAAUUUUUGGUAAGUUCCAACCAAAGAUGGGAGAACCAACAGAAAGGUAUGCAGUAGUGACUGGAUCAAACAAAGGAAUUGGAUUUGAGAUAGUGAAGCAGUUAGCUUCAGCUGGAAUCAAAGUGGUGCUUACAGCAAGAGAUGAACAAAGAGGUCUUCAAGCUUUGGAAACACUCAAAGCUUCUGGUUUAUCUCAUUCUGUUGUUUUUCAUCAAUUAGAUGUCGCUGAUGCUGCAAGUGUAGCUACUCUUGCAGAUUUUGUCAAAUCCCAAUUCGGCAAACUUGAUAUUCUGGUUAACAAUGCUGGGAUUGGUGGAGUUGAAAUUAAAGAUAGUAAUUUAUUCAAUUCAGCACUCAUUACAAACGGGCAGGCACUAUCUGAUGAUGAAUUGAGAAGCUCAAUGACACAAACAUAUGAGUCAUCUAAAGAAUGUUUGCAAAUAAAUUACCAUGGUGCUAAAACAACAUUUGAAUAUCUUCUUCCUCUCCUGCAGUUAUCAGAUUCACCAAGAGUAGUCAAUGUUUCAUCAGCAUUGGGCAAGAUAGAGUGUGUAUCAAAUGAAUGGGCAAAAGGAGUGUUCAGUGAUGUUGAAAACCUUACGGAAGAGAGAAUAGAUGGAGUGUUAAAGGAGUUUCUCAAAGAUUUUGAACAAGGGUCUAUAGAAAGAAAAGGUUGGCCUAGGUAUUUGGCUGCCUAUACUGUUGCUAAAGCUUCCAUGAAUGCUUAUACAAGAAUUAUUGCAAAGAAGUAUCCAAGUUUCUGCAUCAAUUGUGUUUGUCCUGGUUAUGUGAGGACAGAUAUAACUGCUAAUACUGGUUUCUACACUACAAAAGAAGGUGCUGCUCAUCCUGUUCGGUUAGCAUUGCUUCCCAAUGGUAGUCCAUCUGGUCUCUACUAUAUCCGAAAUGAACUCUCUUCAUUUUGACUCAUAUGCACUGUUAGUGUAAUGAUUUCAUAAUAUCAAUAAAUUCUAACAGUUGGAGUAUAAAAAUAUAUUUUAUUUCAA